ACCGGUGAACUGAGACACAGAGCAGCGCGAUCCAAACAUUAACUAUGGCCACUGACAGGAAGGCAUCUUCUCUCAACCGUGUUUGGGUCAUCAUACACCGCAAUGAUUUGUCAUCUGAGAUAGAAGACAAAUCAAAAUCUGUUCCACGGUGUGUGAUUUUACCUCAAGAGAGCCCCACCCCAGAGAUUCAAGAUAUCUUCAGGGUUAGUCUGGCAUUACAAGAUGAAAACUUGGUUAUGAAGCUUCGUAACAACCGUGGUUCUCUCAUCCCAAUUAAUGGAUUCAUCACACCAAAUUCAAAGUUUCAACCAUAUGUCCUUGAAGUCACAAGACGUUACCAGAAUGUUAAGCCCAUGAAGCGAUCAGUGAAGAUAAAUGGUUACAAUGAUAUUAUCAAGCAAAGGUUGCAGCAGAUUGUUAAGAGAAUUGACAAGUUAGAGCAGGCUGUCCCUGAAAUGAAAACUAAAAGGGAAGCCACCAUUGCAAAGGGUAUGACUGAUUUGAAUGUAAAGAUGACAUUCCUCAACACACGGAUGCAUGAAGCAGAGUCCACGAAAUGGCAAGGCAUGUUUAAAAAACAUCCCCUUUGGUAGGAUACAAUUCAGUUCAUUCUCAUUUCUUCUUACGUUCUGCUAUUUAGUCAAAUUCUUCUAAUCGAAAAAUACGAAUUUCUCAAUUAGAGGGGGAUAAUUUAUCCUGGUUGGUGUUUCAUAAAGCUGUUCGUAAGUUAAGAACGACUGGUGAUCCUUUCUUGUAGUAAAAAUGAUAUACACCAUAAUGUUCAUUGGCAAUGGUUUAGCACGUAAGAAGGUUCACCAGUCGUUCUUAAAGUCGCUCUCAACUUACAAACAGCUUUAUGAAACGGCUCCUGGCACAUGCGAGGAUGAGUGAUUCAAGAUCUCUUCCAACUUUGUGGAUAAAAGCAAUGUACUAAUGUGACUAAAAUAGUUCAGAUGACCACAGUAGGAAAUCUAGGGGGUCAAAGAGGCAUGUGCCCUGGCCCAACUUUCAGCAAGGCACAAAAAGGGAUAUUGAGGGAAAUAAAACUGCAGUGUUGCAAUGAGCAAACAAAGAAGUUACAUUCCCUGAAAUUGGAAGGGGGUAUGAUUUCAAGACUUUACCCCGGAGUUAAAUAUUAAAAGGGGUUUGUUUUCAGUGCUUGCCUAGGGCAAAGUUUUAUGAGAUAUGCCGCUGGGACUUGUAACACUUUCUCCUUUUAUCAUUAAAUUUUCUAUAUUUCCUUGUUCUUAAUAAGAACACAUUUGAAAUAUUUCACAUAAUAACAUCUCACUAUUCAUAAGCAUUCCUUUGAUAGGAUAAUCAAUAACACAAAUUGGAAGGGGGUAUGCUUUCAAGACUUUACCCCGGAGUUAAAUACUGAAAGAGGUUUGUUUUCAGUGCUUACCCAGGCUAGAAAGUUUUAUGAGAUAUGCUGCUGGGACUGGUUACAAAUUCUCCUUUAUCAUUAAAUUCUCUAUAUUUCCUUGUUCUUAAUAAGAACAUAUUUGAAAAAUUUCACACAAUAAUAUUUCAAUAUUCAAAAGCAUUCCUUUGAUAGGAUAAUCAAUAACACAGAUGAAAACAAUCUUCAUAAGAUAAUUGUAUUAUACUAGUAUGAUCACAUUUUUUAUUUGACAUGUACAAUCGUAGUUAUGUAGUAUAUUCUACAAUUAUUUCCUUUUCAUGCAGUGAAUAAUGAUAUAUGCUACUUAAACUCAACAUUCUGCAUUUUUUAUUACCUUGACAUAAAAUUUUAUUUAAAGAAGUACUACAACUGUACUUGGAUGCUAAAUAUAAAUGUUGAGAUUGCUAGUGAAUGCAUACAAAAUAUGCAAAUGUAAUUAGGGGCAGCCAUACAAUGUGUUUAUAUUCAAUAGAAGUAAAGAUAGUUAAGAAGCCAUACAAGGUGCAUACCUCGCCCUGUACCAAAAGUUUGAUUGCUAAUUGCAAUGGCCAACUAAGAUCAUAUUUGCAAUUGCAUACACAUUUUUUUCAAAACACUGACCUGGAUUCAUUAAUAGUACUUUCAUAUAAGAGUAGCCAUGCUAAAGCCGGGGGUAAUAGUACGCAGUCAUGUAUUUACUUUGUAUCAAUUGUCAAAUGAAAUAUUUCUCUGAGGAAGAAGAAUAUUAUGAACCCAAUCCUAAUCUCAUCCAGUAUAUAUUGAUGAAGCACAUGUGAAGAAACAUGAGAGUAUUGAUACUGUCCCUCUUAAGGCAGACAUUUUUCCUUUUUUGGUUUUCACAGAUAAAUUAUUUCUACUGUAACAAAUUUGUGCAUGACUUAUGUAUAUGGCUGUCCAUGUGAAUAAUUAUAACAUGAAUUAUGAAUUGUAGGAACAUUUUGUUUAGUAGUAUUUUAUGGUGCGUUUUUUACAAUCCACAGUGGAAUGUUGGCAUUGAUAUAAUAUGGAGAAAAUCAUUAAACUCAUCAUAAAAUCAUAUUCAAUUGUUGCAGUUGGGUUUUUAAAGAUUAUGCUGUGACAUGUAAUCAGAAAUAGAAAUGUUAAACUUAUACUUGGAGAAAGUACUAGACCAUUUUGCUGCUGGAUCAGUAUUAAUAGAUUACUAGAUUGCAAUUUUGUAGGUAACUUUAUUACAUCAAUGUACAACUCAUUAUUUAUGAUCCUAUUAACAGAUAUUAUGUAUUUAACUGUGUAAUCAGUCUUUGUUUCGUAGAUCACAGUCUGUUCAGAAAAAAUAAUAUAAAAUUUAUAUGAUAUUGUUAUGAAUGUUUAUAGUUCUACUUUAGUUAUCAAUGGACCAACUGUUCAGAUUCUUUUAAUCAAUUGUUGACAUUGAAAAUUUCUGAUUUUUAAAAUUCUAAUUUAUUCAAAUUUAUUAUUGCUAGACACAUUUAUUUAAAAUGAAACAGAAUAGUAUGAUUAUUAAUUUUAAAAAUUACUUGUAUUUUAGAUUAUUGUGGUGAUUGUAUUCUGUGUGUUUUACAAGAAACGGUUUUUGUACCACAUCUUUAUAUAUGUAGCAUGUUUAAAGUGUCAUUGAGUAUUACAUACAUGUAGUCACUAUCUUGCCAGGUUAGAAUUAAUCAGGGUAAUAGACUAUCUGACUAUCAUCAUUGAUAUGUGCCAAGCAGAAUGGUGUAUCAUGGAUGAGUAUACUUCAGUUUUGUGUCUACCUUGGAUGGAAUUCAAUUCAGUAUCUCUUUAAAAGUACUUGGAUGAAUUAAAUAAUCCUUUGUCAAACAAUAAACAUGUCAUUAUGACCACAAUUCUGAAGACCUAUUUCUUAUUUUUUCUGUUUCCAUUUAGAAAUCUUUGUAAAGCCAAAUGACAAUAUGUUUUUUAUUCCUUGAUUCAUGACAGACCUAUAAAGAAAACAUAUAACAUGUGUAGGCUACCACCCAUCUGGCACAUUACAUAAUCUGUAUUAUCCAUGGUCAUGUGACAUGAAACACCAUACCAGUUCCUUGUCACAGUUUUUCUCACAUAUGAUCAUAAAUUAUCUUAGAUCUCAAUUAUCACUGUUUCAAGUCACUUUAAGAAUGAUGCACAAAAUAGGCUAAUACACAGCUUUGUAGGACACAUGAGUUGUAUUAUGUUGGCAGAUUUGUUCCAAUUUUAGUGUAGUUUUGCUUGUACAUGCAAUAUUGUGGGUUGUGUAUUUUUAUAUACAGCUUGUCCAUGCAUUGUAAGUCCAAAGAGUGUUAAUUAUUUGAAUAGAGUGUUUGUCUAUCAGUUUAUUGUUGUUUUCCUGAAUUAUUUUAUUUGUUCCCUUUAUUCAACUUUUUUUUUUUUCAUGCCUUGACUAUAUGCCCCAUUUUAGGAUAUAUCAUACCAUGAUUACACAGAAAUAGAUGCUUAUAUUGCUGUAGUCGUCAUUUCAUGAACUACAUCAGUAUGUCAUCAUUGGAAUAAUUAAUUUGUUGGGGGAUGUUUGGAUCCCACAGGUCUGCCUGUGAUUUUUUUAUUCACAGGCAGAUUUCAUAUCUGUUGCUGUGGUAUAUUUGGAGAAAAAUGAAUAUCUUAUAUAUUACAUCAUUCUGUAUGUCAUGAUAAAAAUUUGCAUUCAGUGAUAUUGAUAGUGAAAUUCUGGGUUUGACUGUCACUACAGUAUACAGUCAGUGAUGACACAGUAAUGACAAGCUCCUUGAAAUGAUGUUUAUCAUGAAAACAACUGUUUUAAGCUACUUUCAAUUGUUGAUCUGAUUGGCUGAGAUAUGUUGUGGAUUAGUGGGCUUUAAACCAAAGGUCCUGUGUUCAAAUCCAAGCACAGCAAUAAUGGCCUUUGGCUAGUCAUUUGUCUAUGUUUGCCACUCUCCACCCAGGUGUAAAUGAAUAUGUACCAGAAAAAUGGCAUGGAUAACAAUGUCUAAGCGUAAUGUCAAACAGCAUCCAAACACAGCAGAUACAGGCACUGUACAAGUGUCCAUUCUUGUUAUUAAAUUAUUAUUGUCAUCUAAAGGCCUGGUCCCACUGGCCGACAGACACAAAACGUAUUCAUAACGGAUACAGCGGACAAGCAAAAUUUCAGGGUGGCUCCAUCCGUCUUUAUCCGCUCCAGACAAUGGACAAAAUGGGCGAACAAUGAAAUCACAGUGGACGGAUGCUCGAUGGAUAUAGAGCGUAUGAAACACGUACGCAAAGAGUUCACAACGGAUACAUAACGUUUUCCAAUGGAUUGCAAAAUUCUUUUCCGUUUUACAUCCUCUCUGCAUCCGUAAGUGCUGUGGGACCAAGCCUUAAACUAAAGUCAUAAACAAGUAAAGUGUCAUGAAUCACUCACCAGAAUACUUCUUUCUUGCAAAGAAGUAAAGAGUUAUCAUGGUUAUACAUGUACUUGCCCUCUUUAAGAAGAGUAGAUAUAAAUACAAUUACAUGAUAUGUUUGUUAUACAUUUAUAUAUUUAUUGUAGAAAAUACUUGUUGUUCACGAUGUGAAUAAACAUAGUUAUAUGUUAGAA